UAAUAGGUGAUUUCCAAAUUUCGGAUGGCUGUGUUUGCACACAUUCUGCUUUUAAAGCCCUUCUCUCUCCUGGUAAGCUUCAGCACAUGUACUGCACCCUCAACCUCACAAGUCGAAGCAUCUAUGAUCAAUUGAAGUUUAUCUGUACACAUGCCCAUCUUCUCAAAGGUGACCUUGAACAGGUAUUCAUACUUUUCCACUCGAAAGAUCCCUUAAAAUUUCCUCUCCCAGAGACUAAAGUUCUAAGAAUAGCUCAUUUCUGGUCAAACCCAAAAAAACCUAAGCUUAUCAAUAUGACGGUGGCAUCUGCCUCAACCCAACCCCAACCAACAAACAUGCUCUUGAACAUCCAAGAUACCAUGAUCAACCUCCACACCAAUCGGUCGGAAAUUCGACGAACACAAGUUCGAAAGGACACUAUUUUCUCGACAUUACUUUGA